UUGAUGAAUACGUUCUACGUGAACGGUGCAGUACAUGUUUUCGUAAAAAAUUUCAGUCGGUCUGUCCAACUGCAGACAUUUUCUCCUUUUCUUUUUGUUUUCAUUCGUUUUGACCAUCGUAUUUGAGCCGAGUGUUUUCAUUUGUAAAUAACAUUGUGCGCUUGCUUAUCUUGAUUAAGAUUGUUUUUCAUGGCUAAAAAUAUCACUACGAAUGCGAAAGAAUCAUCGGCCAACACUUCAAUUCGAACUAAUUCAGAUCAGUCAUUUGCAUCAAGCAGUAAACAAAACGUAAAACGUGCCGUUGCCAAACGUAUCAUUUUGAAUCCAUCUUCCGAUGCAACAUUCACUGAUCAAUCUAAUUCAAAAUGUCAGCAAAAUUGUCGAACGAAAAAAUCAACGAGGUCAAAUCAAUCUUCAUCAGUGACCAAUGGUCAUAGAAUAAUCUCCUACAUGGAAGAAAUUCGUCGAAUGAUGCACGCUUUCGGCGAUGUACGUCAGCCAUUAAUCGAAUCGGCUCGUAUGAUCGAAUCAAUUGUUCGCCAUCAGAUGACCAUGCUUUUGUUGGAAGCUCAACGUGUAGCCCAAAUGCGUCAUUCACAGUCAUCGUCGACGACAAACACAUCUCGAACACAUAUCAGUGUGGAAGAUUUUAUUUUUCUUCUCAAACAUGAUCGACAUCGUUUGGCCAAAUUAAUUCGAUAUUUGAAAUUCAAAGAUAUGAAACUUAAAGUAUUAUCAUCUUCAUUGGUAGAUAGUAAGGAAAAAUCAACAAAACAAUCGAAAAUUUCCAAAUCACAAAUGGAAUCCUUAUAUAACGAUGUCAAAAGUGAAUUACAGGCCGAUGAUUCUGACGAAUGGAAUUGCCUGCCCAACGGUCAAGGCAAUGUUUGUGAUGGCGAAAGCAAAUCAUCAAGUUCAUUCGAAACAUCAUCAUCCACCUUAGUAAACAAUAUACCCAUACAUCAGACAAAUGCAUCUACCAAACGAGUUAAAUCUUGUCAGGAAAUUCUUCGAUCAGUUAUUCAGACACCACAAAAUUGUUGCGAAAUGGAACGAUUAUUGUAUCAUCAUCCCGAUGUCGCCAUUGAUCUGAUUGAUGAUUAUACUUUUGCUCGCAAUCGUCGACUUAGUGAAUUUACUGAACAUAUGUCCGUCAAAGAAUACCUUUACUAUCAAUCAUGUCGAUCGGUAACAUUUUUUGGUUCGUCAACUGGUUCACAAACAAUAUCAAAUUCAAUGUUCCAGAAAUUUCAGGAUUGGAUACUUGGUUCAUUUGACGAGGUUGAUCGACUGGAAUUGAAGCCCAAUUCACUUGGAUGGGAAAUUGUACAAUAUUUUGCUCACGAAACUGUUGCUAUUCUAGUCGAAUUGGCUUUGAUGGUUCGUCAUGAUCAAAACCGUCGUGUUUCCAGGCCAGGUAUCGAUGGCGGUCGUCCACUUUAUCCUACAACAAUCGAAUCACAAGCAAUGUCCACAAAACGAAUACGUCGAGAAUUAUCAAUAGAAUCAAGAUCAACAGAUUCGGCUGCUAAAGUAUCCAAAUGUGAUCCAAUGAUGAAUCAGAUUAAUUCUUUUCAUUCAAUCUCGACUAACAAUUCGAAUGGUUUGCAAAAGUCAAAAUCCAACGAACAAUUCGUAGCAGACAUUUUGCGUCGAACAUCUGAAAAGGUAAUGGCUUUUCAAACGGCCUCUACAUCGACAAACAACGCGUCAACAAAUACUGAUAUCCAAUCCUUACCUCAUCAAAAAAUGAAGAAUCUUUUUGGCGCCAUAACUCCAGAACAAAUAUUAGAAGCAAUGCGUAGAUUCGAAUCCGGCUCAAAUGUUUUUAAUCGUUUUCAACGUUGUCAUGGCUGGUUGUUUGCACAAAAUCGUCGUAACCGAAUACUAUGUUUACAAUGUUAGUCAAGCUCUACAAAUAACUAACGUUUUUUUUUAUUUCAUCAACCGAUUCCUGUGAUAUCGAUCAACAAAUUUCAUAAAUCAUC